AUGACCGAUUCUUCGCAACUACCAUAUCCACAGACUCCGCACGACUACUAUUCCAGUUUCACUGGCUGUCCGACCAUCCAAAACGGAUUCCACGACAUCGAUGAUGAAACUCAUUUCCGAAUCUACCUAGGACAGCUUCAAUCGUCACAAACGCAGAAUUUCAUCUUGGAUUUUGGUAACGAUGAUGCCUGGUGCGCAGUGAAUCUCAACAAAAAUGACAUAGCGCUGUUAUUGCGGAAACCUAAACCAAAAUGCUUUGGGACAAGAUGGAUUAACAUUUGGAACCCAGAAGUGCAGAAGGAAUCCAUCAAGGCUAUCACCGGACACUAUGGCGUCUCAGAACGGUUGCAAGGAAUGAUGUGUACUGACCCUGUGGAACGUCAAAAAAAAGAGACUACCUCUCAGCCUUCAGAAAACUUGCCGAAAAGUCCGAGCACCAAUCGAUUGCCUCAUGUCUCCCGCAUGGACGAUCUUGAGGAAGCACCCGGUUUGAAGGACGUGAUGGAUCCGGAAAAGAUACAGACGGUAGCAUCCUUCAGGGGACUUACAUUUGCGCAUGUGGUAAAUCAAAUAUGGCACUUUUGCUCCGUCGACCAUGGCCAGAGAUACACUUGUGUUGGAUACAAUUCCCUUUAUGUAUUGUCUAAUUACGAUUCAACUAAUGGGAAAGGCCUUCCUGAUGGAAGACGACUAUGGUCAUGGCUUAUCUUGUGCGAUGAUGGUACGGUCGUUUCGAUCCAGGAGAAUCCGUUUCCGGGCCUUUAUGGACCACCACCGAAAGAGUUGAAGUCUGUACUAGGGGUAAUCCGCAGAAAUGUCCAAUUCAUAUUUUCAGGGGUGUCAAAACAGCAUUCUGCCGCAUCUGAGAGUGACUCUUUGGUAACAAUCAGGGUGCGGCCUUCUCACGGCAGUGACCCCGAUCAGGCGAGUAUCAAACAAGAGGAUGGCCCUAGUCUGCUCUUUUAUUAUAUCUUUGACGACUGGAUAUCAACCUAUGCACUGGUGGCAAAACGCGAGCAUGCCUAUGGAGUAGAACUUGAUGAACUGAGAGAACGAAUGCUAAAAAGGCCGGAUGUCGACCUGGUGAACGAGCUACACUGGCUGGGCAGACGCUUGGCUGUUCUAAAGCGACUGUAUCAGAGUUACGAACUUAUUAUGAUGCGUAUUUUGCAACGACAGCGCCUCCUCCGCGAUGAAAACCGCUCACAUCGCCCUCCACUACCGAUUACACACAUGGUCGGAGACCAUGACAUGGUGGACCUGCGACAGCUGACGCUCCAAAGCAGUCUCAGUCUCUCAAGCAUUCCUGACACGCCCGUUGGCGUUCACCUGAGUUCUUCUGCAGUAGCUCGCUUUGAGAGACUGCUUGACCGCAUAAAACUUUACUGUUUGUCUGAAAUUGAUACCUGUCUCACGGAGAAGGAGUCGUUGACAUUUCUAAAUUUCAACCUUAUUGCUCUCAAGGACUCCCAGGCGGUCGAGAAACUGACGAGAAUCACGGUCCUCCUCGCCAAAGUGACGAUCCUGUUCCUGCCGGUCAGUCUCAUGACCGGGUAUUUUUCCACCGAGCUCAAAGGCGUGAAGCAUGUGUAUACAACCGUCGAAUAUUGGGCUAGCUUUGGAGUGAUCAUGUUUCUAUCUAUCGUGAUGCUCACACUGUUCGGGUAUCUCAGCGACACUAUUGAAGGCAAGACCAUUUACCAGUCACUGUCUCGAACCUUUUUCCGCAGUUCGAGGGAGAGGCUAUCACAUAGGAAGGAAAUUCCCGAGCAUCCGGGCGUCCGUUCGUGA